AAUUUUUUUCAUUCUUCUGACUGAGACUGGAGACUUGAGGAGAUGAGACUGAGGAUGGAUGGAUGCUGACAUGUUUGGAAGACAAAAAUUAACUGGAUUUUGUGCACUGAUUCAUUCAUCUAAAAGGGUGGGAAUAAUCUUUCACACUAAUACUCCGGAGGCUGGGCAGAGGUUUUGCAACAGAAGACACAAUUUCACAUGAGACUGCAACUAUUGUCUGGGCGAGGAAUCAGAUUACUCACUUUAUUUUUGACUUUAGCUUAUAGGAGAGAGGGCUUUUGUAGCUGCUGAUGGGAAGAAGAAGAAGAAGAAUCAAACAAAUAGAUCUCGCAGAUUAGAGGAGACGCUCGACAGUUUACUGUGAAAACAGGACACACCCCGAGGGAGUACGGUUCACUCAUACACACACUGCCUGAAAGCACUGCUUUACAUGUAGAAAUGGCGGCGGUCUCUGAAUACCAGCGGCACUAUGAUGUAAAAGAUCAGUCGGACGGUGGAGACAUGCAGUCUGAAGAGGGAACCGAGUGGCUCAUGGAGCUGCUCACCGAUGUGCAGCUUCAGCAGUACUUCGUACGCAUUCGUGAUGAGCUCAAUGUCACACGUUUCUCACACUUUGACUAUGUCAAAAAUGAGGACCUUGAAAAGAUUGGCAUGGGCCGCCCAGGUCAGAGACGGCUGUGGGAGGCAGUGAAAAAGAGAAGGGCAAUGUGCAAACGGAAGUCAUGGAAGAGCAAGUCUCUGUGCUUGGGCCAGCAGGUGUUCACCGGGAAGCGGCCUGACUCUGAUUCCCAAACCCCAGUGGUGUUCCGCAGCUCCUCCCCAUCCUCAACCCAACCAGACGGCCAGCCAGCCAAUCUCACCUGCCUCAUCAGUGACAGAGACAUCACCCUCUACGAGAAACUGGGAGACGGCUCUUUCGGAGUGGUGAAACGUGGAGAAUGGCAGGCCCCGACUGGAAGAGUGCUGAAUGUGGCUGUGAAGUGCCUGAAGACAGACCUGUUGGAACAGGAUGAAGGUCUAGAUGAUUUCAUAAGGGAAGUUAACGCCAUGCAUUCCCUGGACCACGAAAAUCUCAUUCGUCUCUAUGGGGUUGUCCUCACACACCCCAUGAAGAUGGUGACAGAACUUGCCCCAUUGGGUUCUCUAUUAGACCGUUUGAGGAAGCGUCAGGGUCAUAUUUUGAUAUCAGUGCUGUGCCAUUACGCCGUUCAGAUCGCCUGUGGCAUGGCGUACCUGGAGUCCCGACGAUUCAUUCACAGAGACCUGGCUGCACGCAACAUCCUUUUAGCCUCCAAUGACCUCAUCAAAAUCGGUGACUUCGGCCUUAUGAGGGCCUUGCCUAAGAACGAUGAUCAUUAUGUGAUGCAGGAGCACCACAAAGUCCCCUUUGCCUGGUGUGCUCCAGAAAGCCUAAAGACCCGAACCUUUUCCCAUGCCAGUGACACUUGGAUGUUUGGAGUGACAUUGUGGGAAAUGUUCACUCAUGGACAGGAACCUUGGAUUGGACUCAAUGGUAGCCAGAUUCUCCAUAAGAUCGAUAGGGAGGGAGAGAGGCUUAUCAAACCAGAAGACUGUCCGCAGGACAUUUAUAACGUCAUGCUGCAGGGCUGGUCGCCCAAACCCGAGGACAGACCGACAUUUGUGUCCCUCAGGGACUUCCUUGUGGAGACAAUGCCCACAGACAUGAGGGCACUGCAGGACUUUGAUGAGCCAGACAAGCUUAAAAUUCAUGCUAAUGACAUCAUCACCAUAAUUGAAGGAAGAGCAGAGAACUACUGGUGGAGGGGUCAGAACAGACAGACCCUGAAGGUAGGGCAGUUCCCUAGGAACGUGGUGACCUCUGUGGCCGGUCUGUCUGCUCACGACAUCAGCCGACCUCUCAAGCACAGUUUCAUCCACACAGGCCAUGGAGACACAGACCCACAUCGUAGCUGGGGUGCCCCUGACAAGAUUGAUGAUCUGUACCUCGGUAAUCCCAUGGAUCCACCAGAUGUUCUUGGGAUGGAUUCAAAUGCUGCCAAGCCCACUAAACUUCCAAACCGGACUAAAAAACAACCUCCUCCUAGACCUCCUAAACCAGCCGUUGCUCUUAAGAAACCAUUUUACAGCUCUGUGCUGGACGAUGAUGAUGAUCUGAUAGUGACAGGCGUGAAGAAGCUCUCUCUUAAGACUCCCACAUACCUGAGUUUGCGCCUCCGCCCUUGGGAAAGCACUAGUACGAGCGACCGCCUUAGCGAAGUCUCGCUUAUUGACUUUGGAGAUGACAGUUUCAGCUCUACAUCACCUUCCCCCAUUACCGAGACACCCAACCCUAGCACAGCGAAGCCACCUGCAUCCUACGCUGCUUCAAUCUUAGAUAUGGCACCGCCGCAGAGCCCCAAUCGAGCCCUGCCAAACCCCAUGCACCCUACUCCAGUGGUGGAUUGGGACACGCGACCCCUGCCUCCUCUUCCGGCAUACGACGAGGUGGCUGUUGAGUGUGCAGAGCAAGAAGACAUGGAAGUAAGCUCCAUAAAUGCUUCUGUGUCAAAGGAAGACGUAGUGUCUGAACAGACACAAUCAGAAGAUGGCGUUAAUAUCAAUGGUAAACGCAACGUUGAGGACAAUCUCUUUCUACCAACCAAGCGUGUUGAGGAAGUACACUCCUUUUCACAAUCAGCAGACAUAUUCAAGGAGCUUCAAAGGGAAGUGAUGGUGAAGCUUCGGGUCCCUCCAACCGGCCGUUCCCUCCCUUCUUCACCCCUCCCGACUCCUUCAGCUCUCGCCCCACACCGCCAGAUCAUCUUGCCCUCCUCCUAUGAGGACAAGCCUCAAAUCCCUCCAAGAAUCCCAAUCCCGCCCAUGCGACCCUCUAAGCGGGCAGGAAUAUACGGCAGCAGAUUGUCAGUUUCCCUUGGAGACAAUGAAGACGGGACCCGAUGUCCACCUCAGAUACCCCCGAGGGAUCACGCUCUAUCUCAACCCAACUCUCGGGCACCAAGCCCUAUGGCGCCGCAAGGCGGCUCCCCUCAGCAAAGGUCCAGCCUCUGUUGUGUUGGAUCUCUGGGUUCCUGCCUGUCCCCGUCUUCUUAUUCUUCUGCGCCAUCUAGUUCCUCCACCAUGUCUUCUACAUCCACGGCCACCACUACAAGUUCUCAGUACGGCUCUACUCAAGUGGCCCAGACUCCAGCCAAGAGUCCUUGCAUCGUUCCUAUAGUGUACGGUGGUGUGAAGGCCAGCAGCACUCAUUACUACUUGCUACCUGAGAAACCAGCAUACCUGGACAAGUACAACAGAUUCUUAAAGGACUCUGAAGGAAACGAGGAGAAAAAAACUACAAAUUUGGCCACUGUGAGACCCAUGGUUCAACAGCAAGUUAACAAGCCCAAUGCCUCCCCAGGCCCCACCAGUGGGACAUCCAGCAGUUUUGCCUGGCCAGGCAGCACCCAAGUAGGUGCCUACAACCGUGUAAUGCUCCAACAAGUGCAGGAGGCAGUACAUGGAGUGACUGUAGAGGAGUGUCAAACGGCCCUUCAAGCACACGGCUGGAAUGCUCAGGAGGCCGUGAAAUAUCUGAAGGUGGAGCAGUUGUUUCGACUGGGUUUGAAGGCACGGCCUGAAUGCAUGGAAGCUCUGGAGAGAUGUAGCUGGAAUCUGGAGCAAGCCAGCACCCAAAUGCUGGACUCCUACGGUCCAUCUAGACAUAGAAAAAAGAAAGUAGAAAGAAUCAUCUUCUCACUGAUAUCUCUCUGAUUUGUGUCAGAUUCUAAUGGCAGGAAGUAGAAGAACAGAGCUGAUCUCCAUUCCACUGCAGCUAAUGAGAAUUGAGUUUCAUCUACAGCUCAUUGACUCUGGACCAGUAGAUAUUUGCAGGUCAUUUGAAUAUUCAUUGCUUUACUGCUUAUAAUCAAUGCAAAACAAAUGCAAAAUUCACUUACUUGAAGUACAACAGUGCAAUGUGAACAUUUGAACCAUGUACAUUAGAUUGUGUUUUAUAUAUUUGCUAAAAAGUUUGCUUUUCACUGCAUCAUAUGUGACUUUCAGCCUGUACAAUGUUUGUAGUUUAUUUAUUCAGAAUAUUUUAUUCAGGGGCAUAGGUGAUAAUCUGAAAAUUGGAGACACAAUGUGAAUCUUGUAAGCACAGCUAAUGAAUAUUAUUGAGUUGUAAUGGUCACUAUGUCAUUGAUUUUAUGUAAAGACGUUGCAGGGUAUACUAUAGAGACACAAUAACCUUUUGAAUGGAUGUAUUGACCAUUAAGGUGUGGUCACAUUUACAGUUGUUCGAUAGAUUUUCAUGGGCUAAAUCUGUAAUUUCAAAGGCAUUCCACAUGACCAGGAAUUUUCCAUAAGAAAACACCUUAGAAAGCUGCUUGGUUGGUGUCAAAGUGACUUUCUGCGUGAAAUUCACAGGAACUUUCCUAAUGUGACUGCACCUUUCUGCCCCUGUUUAUUAAUAAUGCUCAUACAUCUGUUAACUCUCAUUCAUGAUGUUGCAUGCAGAUCACAGGCCUUCUUGUUGCUUAUUUAAGCCUUUACUAUUUCAUUCAUUUUAUUCUGUUCAAUGAUGUUAUAAUUAGCCAGAGAGCCUUGGAUGUCACAGCCACAGAUCCCCCACAGUUGGUUAUAUUUUUAAGUAAUUUUAGAUGGUCUCAGAAUGAUCUCUUCCCAUCUAUGUGGCUGGUUCUUGGCCAAAAUAAGUUGGAGUGAGGACGAGAUAUGUCAAAGUUUUAUAUGUUAGAAUAAACCCAUUUUCAUGUGACAUGAUGACUGCAGACAAUACACCUAUAAAUGCACCUACUGUAAUAUAUUAUUAAUUUCUUUGUUAGUUGUUGGUCUUUAUUUUCUUUUUGAUCACAAGAACACUUAAGACAAAAUGUCAUUUGUCCUCAGUUGUUGAUUUAGCUUACUUUUAAGUAAUUUUGUUCUCCAUUAUGCAUUUUGCGAUUUUGCUCAGGUUCAUAAAUCACAGAAACGUCACUUAGUCUCUGUGUGAAGAUGGGAAGUUUGUGUUAUUGAAAUAACCUUAUCUGUUACAUGAAUGGAACUGAAUAACAUUUCUUUUUGUGCAUUUUUCUUCUGUCAGAACAUGUCAACCGUAUGUCAAACACUUUAAAUCAAUCACAUACAGACGUCUGGCUAAGCAAAUUGAGGCUUCUGCUCUCUGCUCUGUAAUUUUCAUCUGCCUCUUGUCCAGAUGCUCAGUGUUGUAGUUAUAUUUUACCUGCACUGGUUUUGUAUUCGUGUCUACGCAAUUGCUGUUGCAAUUCAGUUUUUGGAUUAUAGCCUGUGUCAGUGCUCACCUCAUGUAGGUUGCAUCCCACAUUUUCUGAAGUGAAUGGCAGAAUGUUGGGCUUACUGUAAAAGCUUUAUACAUGUUUGUUGUAUAAUUAUCUAUCUGUAUUUUUGUAUAAAGUAAAUAUUUAAAACUGU